UUCUCUUCUCUUGCCUCCAUGUCUCAUUUUUUUCUUACUUGAGUGAUCACCAUUUCUUGUUCUUGUCUGUUUUUCUUAGUUUUUAGUUGUGAUCAACCAACCUUGUUUGUUUGAGCGAUCAUCUAGUUGAUCAAAGCGAUGGAUCUAAGUGAUAAGGGGUCAGGUUCUGAAGAAGUGAUCAGUGAAGUAGCAACACCAAUUGCAACCCCAGAAAGGAUUUCAUCUGAAAUCCAAAUGAGAACUUGUGUUGAAUGUGGUGCCACUAAAACCCCUCUUUGGCGUGGUGGCCCUGCUGGCCCUAAGUCUCUGUGUAAUGCUUGUGGGAUCAGGAGCAGGAAGAAGAAAAGAGCACUUGUUGGAUUGAACAAACAAGAAAAGAAGACGAAGAAAUCAUCCCAGAGUUGUACGACGAGCAGUGGUGAUAGUACCAGUACCAGCAGCAGCAAUGUGGAUAAGAAGAAGAUGGCUGAUCCAAUUCUUACUCACUGGACGGAGCUUGGUGAAGUGGAACAAGCUGCUUUCUUGUUGAUGUCUCUCUCUUACAGCUCUGUUUCUGCUUAGUAGUAGAGUAUUAUAGGACAGGGCUAGUGAGUGAUAGGUGAUGGGUAGAUGUAUCAAAGUAGAAUCAUAAAACAAAAAAAAAAUACAACAAAAGGUUAGUCUAGUUGAAAUCAUUUCUCAACAGGAUCAUCUUAUCCUUCUAAAUUUAUUUAAUUUAUUCUAGUUUAAUCACAUUCCUUGUUAUGCUUUUACAUUUCAGCCAAAACAUUAUCAAAUAUAUGGAAAUUUACUUCUUUGUCAAA